AUGGAGCUCCCUGUGGGACUUCAGUUCGAUGAGGCUAGCCCCGAAUGGUUUAGUAAGGCCGACAACGCGUGGCAGCUCACGGCAGCUACGCUAGUGGGCAUGCAGAGUGUUCCCGGCCUCAUCAUCUUGUAUGGAAGCAUAGUCAAGAAGAAGUGGGCUGUCAACUCGGCCUUCAUGGCCUUGUAUGCAUUUGCAGCCGUCUUGGUUUGUUGGGUUGGUUGGGGCUACCAAAUGUCCUUCGGCACCGAACUCUUCUCCUUUCUCGGACGACCUAACGUGGCCUUGGAUGAGAAGUACCUAUUUACACAAGCAUUCGGCGGGAAACUGCCGAACGCCACCAUGAUCUAUUUUCAGUUUGUGUUUGCUGCAAUCACGUUGAUUUUGAUUGCCGGAGCGUUGUUGGGAAGGAUGAACUUCCAUGCAUGGAUGUUGUUCGUGCCGCUUUGGGUUACGUUUUCGUAUCCGAUAACUGCUUAUAGUAUUUGGAAUCCAAAUGGAUGGUUGGCAAGCAAGGGUCUUAUUGAUUAUUCUGGAGGUUAUGUCAUCCACCUCGCUUCAGGAGUUGCUGGUUUCACCGCAGCUUAUUGGGUUGGACCUAGAGCAACUGUUGACAAGGAGAGGUUCCCUCCAAACAACAUCUUGCUUAUGCUGGCAGGAGCUGGAUUACUUUGGAUGGGAUGGAGUGGAUUUAACGGUGGAGAUCCUUACAAUGUGAGCAUGGACGCAUCUCUGGCUGUCCUAAACACCCAUGUAUGCACUGCCACUAGCUUGCUGACAUGGCUCGUUCUUGACAUUAUUUUCUUUGGAAAGCCCUCUGUGAUUGGAGCUACACAAGGCAUGAUUACUGGUUUAGUGUGUAUAACUCCUGCUGCUGGAGUGGUGCAAGGUUGGGCAGCAAUCAUAAUGGGAAUGAUGUCUGGAAGCAUCCCAUGGUAUACAAUGAUGAUCCUCCAUAAGCAAAUCAAGCUCCUGAAACAUGUAGACGACACCAUGGCUGUGUUCCACACCCACGCUGUGGCCGGAAGCCUAGGCGGUAUCCUCACCGGCUUCUUUUCCAGUCCCAAAUUGUGUCGUCUUUUCUAUCUAGUGGAUAAUUGGCAACACUAUAUUGGCCUUGCCUAUGGCAUCCACGACGGCCGAACUAUGGCAGGGCUGAAGCAAAUGGGAAUUCAACUGCUUGGAAUUGUGUUUGUGGUUGUCGUAAACGUUGUCAUAACCAGCUUAAUCUGCUUGUUGCUAAGGCUCAUCGUUCCACUCAGGAUGACAGAAGACGACUUGAAAAUAGGGGAUGAUGCAGUUCAUGGGGAGGAAGCUUAUGCAUUGUGGGGAGAUGGGGAAAAGUUUAAUGGUUCUAAGCACAACUCAGUUUAUGGCAUGGAAGACUUUGCGGUGCCAAGUAAAGCUUAA